CUUCUAUCCUCCGCUCCUGCAGGGUCUGCGGCCACCAUGGCGUAUUAGAGGCAGCAGUGCCUGCGGCAGCAUUGGCCUUUGCAGCGGCGGCAGCAGCACCAGGCUCUGCAGCGGCACCCCCCAGCGGCUUAAGCCAUGGCGCUUCUCACGGCAUUCAGCAGCAGCGUUGCUGUAACCGACAAAGACAUCUUCGAAUUAAGCACAUUCUUCGAUACCACCAAAACCUCGCAACAUGGCCGAGAUGAGCUUCCUGAGCAGCGAGGUGUUGGUGGGGGACUUGAUGUCCCCCUUCGACCAGUCGGGUUUGGGGGCUGAAGAGAGCCUAGGUCUCCUAGAUGACUGCCUGGAGUUGGCCAAGCACUUCAAACCUCAUGGGUUCUCCGGCGACAAGGCUAAGGCGGGCUCCUCCGAAUGGCUGGCUGUGGAUGGGUUGAUCAGUGCCUCAGACAACGGCAAGGAGGAUGCUUUCUCUGGGACAGACUGGAUGGUGGAGAAAGUGGAUCUGAAGGAGUUUGACUUUAAUGCCCUGUUGGGUAUAGAUGACCUGGAAACCAUGCCAGAUGAGCUUUUGGCCACGUUGGAUGACACGUGUGAUCUCUUUGACCCCCUACUCCAGGAAACUAAUAAGGAGCCCCCCCAGAUAGUGAACCCAAUUGGCCAUCUUCCAGAAAGUUUACCAACAACUGACCAGGGCGUCCCCUUCACUUUCUUGCAACCUCUUCCCCCUUCCCUAGGGGCCCUGUCGUGCACUCCAGAUCAUUCCUUUAGUUUAGAGCUAUGCGGUGAAGUGGUUAUCUCUGAAGAGGAUAGGAAGCCAGACUCCACCACUUACAUAACUGUGAUCCCUCAGUGCGUAAAGGAGGAGGAUGCCCACUCAGAUAACGAUAGUGGCAUCUGUAUGAGUCCUGACUCCUACCUGGGCUCUCCCCAGCAUAGCCCCCCUACCUCCAGGGGCUCUCCAAAUAGGAGCCUGCUAUCUCCAGGUGCCCCCGGUGGCUCUGCCCGCCCCAAACCUUACGACCCUCCUGGAGAGAAGAUAGUAGCAGCAAAAGUAAAGGGUGAGAAACUAGAUAAGAAGCUGAAGAAGAUGGAGCAGAAUAAGACAGCAGCUACUAGGUACCGCCAGAAGAAGAGGGCAGAGCAGGAGGCCCUCACUGGUGAAUGUAAAGAGCUAGAAAAGAAGAAUGAAGCUCUGAAAGAGAAGGCAGAUUCUUUGGCCAAGGAGAUCCAGUAUCUGAAAGAUCUGAUAGAAGAGGUCCGCAAGGCAAGGGGGAAGAAAAGGGUCCCCUAGUUUAGGGUAGUUAGUGUGUGUGCUUGUACAUAGGAGGCUAGUGCUGAAGCUGUGUUAAAUAAAUUAUUUUGUAGUGAAAGUA